AUGAGGUAUAUUUUAUGGGUGAUGGCGCUGCUGGAGGCCUGUGACGUCACCAACAAUAGUCACCAUCUUGGAUUUUACCGAGAAUUGGAAAACAGGUUAAAACCGCAAGAAAUGGUAAUUUUUGUGUUUUACAUGAAAAAUAACACAUAAAUAUACACCUUGCAUGAUUUUAGCCACAAGAUUUACUUUUGUUGUUGAAAGAAGUUGAAAAAACAUGUAUUUUCACCCAAAAUUGUUGUUUAAGUUUAUUAGCUGCACUGUCUUUUAUCUCUACCUUUUUUUUAAGGUUGCCUCCCUAACUGACAGAAAUCGCCAUGAGAAUCAUACAAAAAAUACUACUAGUCUGCUAGUAGUAUUGUUUUUGAACCCACAAGUGACCAUCCUGUGCAAGCUAAUCUUUAUAAAAUUUUUCAGCCUCUCAGCUUUUGUCAGCUGUUCUUUCUCUUCUUUUUAAGGUUUUCUCUUUGUCCGGUUGACAUCGCCAUGAGACUCUCAGCCUUAUGCGUCGUGCUUAGUCUGUUGGUAGUAUUUUUCUUGAUCCCAGAAGUGACCUCAUGCUACGUAAAAGUUAAUGGAUGCUCCAUACCAGGAGACCUCUCAUUCUUCUACAAGACAAAAUUUAGACUUGCCUGUGACAAACAUGAUGUCUGCUACUACUGUGUAAGACUAAUUUCCUUU